CAGUGCAUCAGUAUCGUGAAGUGCAGAGGGAAGCAAGCGGAUAAACUCACGCAAAAAUCAUGUUCACAAAGGUCACUCUUUUCUGUUUCGUUGCCUUUGUCGCAACUCAGGCUCAGGUGAAUCAGCCACCGUCACCGUACAACUUCGCGUACGAGCACGUCGAUGAAAAGACGGGCGCCAAGGUGACGCAGAGUGAGAGCGGUGACGCGAACAACGUCAAGACUGGCUCGUACGGCAUCAACGACCCAACGGGCAUCUACCGCCUGGUGCAGUACAUCGCCGACGCUCAGGGCUUUCGCGUCACCGUGGACACAAACGAACAUGGCACCAAGACCCACGAUGCGGCAAACGCUCGCUACAACUCGAACGCAGCGAACACCCCCGCCGCCGUAGCUUGCGUCUAGCAGGCCUGCGGCGCCCGCCUUCAGGCCAGCCGUUGUGAGGCCGGCUCGGUUCACUCCAGUCACCACGGUGCAUGCGGUGCACUCCUCACCAGUGACCCUUCACGCCAUCCCAGUGACGGUGCACGCCCUUCACGCGGUGCCCGUGGCUCACGCCGUUCACACCCGCCAGGCGGCUAUCUCUCCCAGCUACAUCCACUUCACCCUGGGAAGGCCCAGAAGGUCGGGCUAGGCAUCGGUGAAAACAAACCUCGCCCUGCUCGUUGAAGAAGGCCGAAGUGGUGACAUCAGCUUGCGGACUUGAGUGAAAAUGACUGUCGUUGAUGUGUGAUGGAGGAAAGUGUUAUGAUUUGUUUUUACGAUGCCGGAAUGGCAUUGUGUUCAACUUUUGUAUAUGCACGAAAUAAAGCUUGGGAGAGAAG